UUUUAAUCAAAUCAGCUUUAAGAACAGUGAGCAGCAAAUCAGUUUCUUAAUUUUCUUGUCCAAAAGAAAUCUAAAAAUUCAACGCCCUACAUAAAACCAGAUCUGUCAAAGGAAUGAAACCUCUUUUGUUCUCACUCCUUCUUUGUCUGACAUUAAACGAAGUUUAUGGAAUCUAUGGCGGUUGCAUGAGCUAUAGCAGCAGUCCGAGCAACGUUCCUGGACAUAUCGAGGUAAAACUUUUUUUUCUCAAUGGAUGGAAACUUCAGCGAGGCCCAUGUGAAAACUGCACAGAAAAUGACGAAGGAUCAGAAGUGACAGCUCGACGGAAGCAAUACAUAAAUGCUACAAAUGACCCUGAGGCUUUUGGAAAAUGGUCGUUUGAAUGGGAAUUACGAGGUCCUCAAAGAAUAGGAUAUCAAAAUCUUACAUAUAAAGUCAACAAGAGGAUAAGGGAUGUUGUUAUAAUGGUCAAUAAACACGAAGGCUGGGAAUUAGAAAGUUCUGAGAUAAAUUUACUUGUGUCUAUGAACACCAGCGAACCUCGCAGAUUUGAUAUAAUGUUUGAAAAUGUAAUGGAUGGGACUUUGACGAAUAUGGGCCGAGCUGUUCCAGCAUUUCUACAAGUAAAAGUUGAUCCAUAUAACCGGACUGACACAGGAAAACCAAACAGUAGUCCUGUGGUCUUAAUAAAACCGUAUUACAGUCUCGAAAACGGAAAGACGCAUAAAAUUCACAUACCAGCUGUUGAUGAUGAUGCUGAUGUUAUUGAAUGUGAACUUUCUAAUUUUAUCGAAGCUGGGGCUUUCCAAAAAAUAGUUAAAAAUCUGACAACUAUGAAUAUGAUAAGGAUGAAUAGAAAGGAUUGUUUGCUUACCAUCAACCUCAAUAAUUCAAGAUUCAGCGUGGGUGACACUUUUGCUCUUCCAAUCACAGUAAAGGACUAUGGUAGAAAAUACAUUGUGACACUAUCACGUCAUUCCGCAUAUGAAACUCCAUUAGGAAGAGUUACUUUAUUGAUGUAUUUCAAAGUAACAGGAAGGACUGAUCCUCCAGAGUUCAUACCACCAACACCACCAAACAACCAAGCGUAUACUGUCUAUGUAGGCGGAUAUUUCUAUAUCAAUGUGUAUGCAAAGCCCACCGACACAUCAAGAAGAAUUAUAAAAUUCAACUUUCUGAGAAGAGACAGGACACGCGUGCAAAAGACAGCGAUAGAGUCCGUUCCAGGAGACCCAACUGCAGUGUACAUAUCAAUGGGAUGGUCUCCUGUAGACAGUGAUAUUGGGAAACACAUCGUGUGUGCAAAUGCAGAAGAUAGCAAUGGAAUAAGUGCAGUUUACUUGCGUUGCUUUAGAAUUGACGUAAAAGCCAGCAUUUUUCGACCACAUCCGCCUAAAUCGGGAAAGCCUUAUUUUGCGUCAAUUCCAUAUCCACAAGACAUAAUUUGCCAUAUUUAUUCAUAUUGCUUGUUUCCUGUCUUUGCUGCGACAGACAACACAGGAGGUAUCGUUGGAAUCACUAGCACGGACACGAGCGUAGAAAAUGUCACCAUUUACUACAGCCCGGAUGUGAUAAAUGGUACAAUACACACCAAGAUAGCAAAAGUGGAGUUCUUAGCCUUGACACCAGGUCCCCGAAAAAUAUGUUUGAAUGCCACUGAUCGAUUUGAAUGGACAGUGGGGUGUCUUAUUGUCGCAGUUGAAAGACAGGAUCCAUGUGAAUCCAAACCUUGUCAAAAUAAUGGCAGAUGCACAGCUUAUAAAGAUAAAUCAGGUUUUAUAUGUACUUGCCCCGAACGAUUCAAUGGUACAUUAUGUGAAAGACGUAUAAAAGUCUGCCAACAGAGACCUUGUGUUGGUUCUAAUGCCUGCAUUGAUGUGAAUACGCCACCGUACUUCAUUUGUUUCCCAUGUCCACCGGGAAAGACGGGCAUAAGAUGUGAUGUCGAUAUUGAUAUUUGCCAUCCAACCACAUGCAGUGAAUAUAAUAUUUGUCAGCAAAAUAAUGGUUCUUAUCAGUGUCUUUCUGUCGAUAUACAAGAGCAAUGCCCUCAUACUUGUUUGAAGAGCGAAGCAAGAGUUUGUGUGAGGAAUCACUGUGUUUGUGCUUUGUGGUCUCAACAUAAUGAGACAUGCAAGUCAAAUUAUACAGACAAAUCUAGUAGCAGCAUUAUUCCGUAUUUUGCAGCACCGACAUUAUCCGUAGGGUCUGUUAUAAUAUGUGAUUUCUAUGAGAGAACCUGUGAAUUCCCGGUUUAUGUUUUUUCAGAAUCUACUCCAAAGGUGUCUUUUUUUAGCAAAAUGAGCAUUUACAAAUCACUUUAUCGUGGCAUUACUGUUUUGACAUCAGAAAACAAUACUAAUCGUAUUUACCAAUCAACAAUUGUGAUUUCAAAAAACGAAGUCAACAAUCCAAAAAAUCAAGAAUAUGAUCUUUGUCUAAACGUUGCCAGAAAUACGACACCUCAAGACAUAACCGAUAGACAAUGUUUUCACAUCGUGGAUAGAGGAGUUCCAUCAAGGACAAAUCAUAUGUCACAGCUAUAUUCUAACUGUUCUUUUGCAAUACCAACAAUUCCGAGAGAGUCAGUUAUUGGUUGCAAAAGAGGGCAUUCUUGCCAUUUUUAUAUGUAUGCUGCAACAACGAAUGGAAACUGUUCAGAUUUGAUCACAAGUGACGGAUGGACUGCUGUUUUCAGCCCAGUAUUCUUUUCGGGACUAUGUAGAUAUGAAAUUGUUCAUAUAAACACAUCUUCAGUCGGAACAAAUACAAUAUGCUUCAUGAUUUGUUCACACGGAGAAUCUUGAUGUUACCAAAUAUACACCAACGAUAUUCUUGAUCAAUGUGAGAAAGAUCAUUGCUUGAAUAAAGGAUACUGCCAGACAGAUGCAUCCGGAAAUGUUCGGUGUCAUUGUCAGGAAGGAUUCUGGGGAGCGCGGUGUGAAAAAGGAAUUUGUGAGAGUAAAUUUUUUUGUCAUAACAACGCCCUGUGUGUCUCAAAUAAUGGCAAGCCUAGUUGUUUUUGUCGUGGGGGAUUUGAGGGUCCAACAUGUGCCUUUGAAAUCAAUCAAAAUCUAACAGAUAUGGUCGAGAACGGGGGACAAUUCACACAUCUGAGUCUCUUCGAGAGCAUUCCAUGUUACAUCAAUACACCUUGUGUAAUGCCUAUCAGCAUCAUAAGAAAUGUUCAUUCAGCGCCUACAAUUGUGGUAGGGUUCUCGAACGAAACGUUAGAUGUUCAGUCACUCCAACUUGAACCAUCAGUAAACACCAGUGGGAUUGUUCGUGGAACCGUGACGGUCGUUGGUCACCAAAUAGGGCUUCAAAGAAUAUGUCUGGAUUCUAUUGCUAAUCCGAAAACUGCUAAAAUCGAGGAUGAGAUUUGCUUCCAGAUCAAUGUCGUACCAGGGAAUGUUUUGGAAACAGUACAAUCAGAUCCAUAUUUCGUCGACCCUACGCCACCAAAUGCAACAGUGUUACAGUGUGUUGUAAAUGAGCCUUGUUACGUCAAUUUAUGGGCAAGAAGUCAAGCCGGAGUAAAACAAUGUCCACUAUUGGGGGUAAACAAAAUCUUUGACAAUGGAGUGUAUGUCUUUCCGCUUUGGAAUACGACCAAUCAACCCUGCGUAUAUGAGAGCCUUAUGUUGAUACAUAACAUCUCAGAUCUUAAUGUUUGUUUCUCUUUGUCCUCUGACACAUCUAAUAUACCAUAUCGCUACAGUCAAAUCCUAAGAGACACAAGGUGUUAUGCAGUUCGUGUCCUUCCAAAAUUAACAGUAAAGGGACCCUGCUCUGGACAGUUCUGCUACAAUGGCGGAUUCUGCGACGGAAGUUCCUCUAUACCUCGAUGUAUGUGUCGAUCUGGAUUUUCUGGAAAUGAUUGCUCCAAAAGAACGACCGAAUUAUCCGUUGAUUAUAAACUGGUUCGUCCAUACUUUCUGUCUUUCCCUCAGAGCGAAUACGUAACAUGCGUUCAAAAUCAGCCGUGUAAUUUCAGUGUAUCUGCAAGUACUACAAAUUGCAGGAGUAUUAUCAAAAUUGAAAACGCGCCCAGUAGCGAAGAGAAUGUCACAAUUCGCUACAGCAACAAAACAGUCGGGAUGACUGAGGCAAUAUCAGGUGAUGUUACAGUCCUACCAAGGCGGUUAGGAAGGAGAUAUAUAUGUCUAAGGGCAAUCGACUGUAAAACGUUUACUCAGAAAUGUCUCUUCAUCACGGUAGUGAAAGCAAAUCCGUGCGAGUCUUCUCCUUGCUUACACAGUGGACACUGCUUGGUUUUUAAUGCAAAGUCAGGAUUUACCUGUUCUUGUUCUCCUGGUUACACUGGAAAGUUAUGCGAAAUAAAGAUCAGGCCCUGUACGUCUAGAGACACUUGCCACGAAGGUUCAACUUGUGAUCCUGUUGGUUCAGAAUCGUUCUUUAGAUGCGUGUGUCCUCCUGGAAAAACUGGAGUUAGAUGUGAUGUCGAUGCUGGAUAUCAAGAGAAGUGCAGCAAUUCAUCACUUUGCAGAAACAACGCUGCUUGUCACUCGAAAAGCCAAACCUUGUCAUGUGUAUGUCGACUAGGAUUCAAAGGAACCAACUGCUCAGAGAAAGCCAACGACAAUCUGCGAAACGCAAUGAAAACCGGGGCAAGGUUUGCAGAUGUUGCUAUACCGAAGUCAGUCAUAUGCUAUGUGGAUUUUCCAUGCCUUAUUCCUUUUACUCUUACCAAAAGUAUCUUUAACAAGCCUCAAGUUGCUUUAGGCUAUUAUGAUCCAUCUCUACAAAUCACAAAAUUAACACUGGGAAACACAAUAUCUGCUGAAGGUACAUGUAUUACACAUGGGGUAACAGAGGUCGUCAAGAAAUCCCUAGGAUCCGCCCGUAUCUGUCUAGAUACUCUUGAUAAAUCCUGGCAGAAGUGGAUUGAGGAUGAGAUAUGUUUUCAAAUGAAUUUUAUAAAUGGAAGCUAUUACAAACAUUUAACAGAUGUACCUCGUUUUGUACAGCCAACAUUUGAGACUGAUAGCUUAUUUCAAUGUUUGGUUGGAAGUUAUUGUCACCUUAAUCUAUGGGCCGAACACGACUACAGAAAACAAAGCUGCCCAGUUUUGAAAUCUGAGAGCGAUAAGAAUUUGGAGAUUUUUGUAAUGCCACCUCUACACCAAACCAUGUCACCAUGCAUAUAUGAUAUUUCAUUGAAAGCGGACACGCAUACCAAUGCUACAAUGUGUUUUUACCUAGAGGGAGAUGAAGGUGUACAACUGGAUAAAAGAUGUUAUACAGUCGAGAUUUUGAAUUCAAUCGAAAAAGGCUCAUGCGCAUGUAGAAUGUGUUUAAAUGGUGGAUUUUGUGAUGGUCAUACAUCGGUCAAAACCUGUUUGUGUCCUCUUGGCUUUUCUGGUGAAAAUUGCAGAACUGAACAUGGCAUUCGACACGCUGUCAGUCAACGUGCUAUUCAUAACCCUUUGUUGGGAAAUAUGCUUUUGCCAAGACAAGUCAUUUGUCCGCUGAACGAAAAGUGCAAUGUACAAUUGGUAUUGUUAACAAGAAAAGGGUUCAAAAUUGAUAUUAAAGUUGAUCCUUCUAGUAUCGAGAUAAAGGAAAAGGAGGAAGUAAGAGUAUCAGAGGACUUCCUUAUCACUCUAACUUUAAUUCACAAACACACUGGAUCCCAUCAGCUGUGUAUAAAUUUAUCCUCAGAAAUCCCAAGCUUCGUAACGGAUAGGAUUUGCUGUAAUAUUUUCACCAAGGACACAGAUAAUCAAACCAAGGAAGAGACAGAACAGCUUUUUAUUCCUCCAUCACCAACAAAUUCAUCCGCAUUUUCCUGUUCUCCGGGCUUGGAAUGUCACAUGAUGCUCUAUCUAAAACGAGGCUACUAUAAUCAAUGUCCCGAGGUGUCCGUUAUUCCCUCCGUCGGCGCCUCUGUUCACGUCUUCAACAAUUCCGACUGCGAUGUAUGUUCCGUGGAUGUUCUGAUUAAAUUAUCCCUGUCCCAUCCUGGCCAGAGGCUGCAACAGUGUCUACAGGCGACAGACUACGACUUUGGGUCCACAGAGAGACGAUGUUACUUUCUGGAAAACGUUCAGCACACUUUCCCCUGAAUGACCAUAACAAAGCGGCAUUAGUUCAAUGAAGACUUUAAUCACUACGAACCGACCCCAGAAAGUGAAAUACUUCUGUUUCUUAGUUAUAGGACAACUUUGUAUCUUUUUUUUGUAUAACGUACGUUUCUACCUAAUCGGACAGCUUUGUGUCUUCUUUUGAAUGUGUAAAAUGUACCAUUAUAUUGCAUUUGCAUAUCUUUUAUCUUCGACAAAAUUAAUUACUAAUUGCUACUGAUAAAUUACGAAUGAAUGAAUGAAAUGAAAAGAAGCAAUAAUUACUUCUGAUUAAUACUGUAUAUAUUUUCUUUUUAAAAUGAGAUAUAUGUGAAUAGGUGCUUAGAUUUGAAUCAAAUGUAUUAAUACUAAGUUAACAUAUUCCUUUUUACUUUCCGUUGACCUUUUGUUUACCUUAAAUUAUUUAGUCAAUAUAGUUAAAUUAAAGUCAAUUUCUAUGUGUACUUUAUCUGCUUGUGUAUAUUAAAACUAGU